UCCACCCUCUUCCAGCUCCCCUCUUCUCCUCCGCCCUUCUCUAACGUUUGGAUGUCGCCCUCUCAUUUGAUCUGAUUAGAUUUUAUUUUUAUUUUUCCCUUAGUUUAUUUUUGUUUGUUUAAAAUUGUGGGAGGUUUGGAUUUGGAAAUCGGAUUGUUUGUAUUAAUUGAAGGGAUUCGAUUGAUUUCCUUGCCGAAAUCCGAGGAAAGAUCGGAUUUUUAAGGCUUCUACCAGAGAUCCUCAUAGUAUUUGGAAGGAAAGGUCGAAUCUUUCGGUUUUUGGGCUUCGUUUUUCCUUUAUAAAUCCCUUCCUCUCCUGCGGCCAUGGCCACGGCCUCGUCCUACUGGUGCUACCGCUGCAACCGCUUCGUGAGGGUCUGGCCCCACGAUGCCAUCGUCUGCCCCGACUGUGACGGCGGAUUCCUCGAGGAGGUGGAGACCCCUCCGCGUUUCGGCGCCGCCGCCGGCGAGCCCCGUCGGCUCCGCUUCACCGUCGCGCGGCCCUACCACCAGCGCUCCGACCUUCGCUUCCGCCGCCACCGCGGCACCUCCGCGGCCGACCGCUCCCCCUUCAACCCGGUCAUCGUCCUUCGCGGCCCGGCUGACGGUGGCGGCGGGGACGCCGACCGCGCCCCUGCCAGCAGCUUCGAAUUAUAUUACGACGAUGGGGCGGGAUCCGGCCUCCGCCCCUUGCCGGAGAGCAUGUCGGAUUUCUUGAUGUCUUCGGGUUUUGAGCGGCUCCUGGACCAGCUCUCCCAGAUGGACAUCCAUGGCAUUGGCGGUGGCCGGGCGUGGGAGCAGCCUCCCGCAUCGAAGGCUGCCGUCGAGUCGAUGCCCACCGUCGAGAUCGCUGCCAGCCAUAUCAAGAUGGACACCCACUGUGCCGUCUGCACGGAAUCGUUUGAGCUCGGGACCGAGGCUCGGGAGAUGCCCUGCAAGCAUAUCUACCAUCAAGAUUGCAUCUUGCCAUGGCUUUCGCUCCGGAACUCUUGCCCUGUGUGCCGCCAUGAGAUGCCCACUGAUGUGCGUGGAAGGAGUGGGGCGGAGACGGACGGUGAUGAACAGACUCCCAUGGGUGGGAACGAGGAGGAUUUGGUCGGCCUCACGAUAUGGAGGCUGCCGGGUGGUGGGUUUGCAGUUGGGAGGUUCUCAGGGGGGAGAAGAACAGGGGAACGGGAGCUUCCAGUAGUUUACACGGAGGUCGAUGGUGGAUUCAACUCCAGUGGUGCAGCGAGAAGGAUCUCGUUGGCCUCUACAAGGAGUCGGUCGAGGGAGAGCGGAGGAAUUGGUCGGGCAUUUCGCAAUUUCAUCUCAUUUUUCAGGCGCUUCCGCUCUUCUUCCUUCACUUCUUCAAGAUCAACUUCAGAUUCCGGUUCCGCUGCUUCUCCGAGGCACCGAAGAAGUUUGGUCUUCAGUAGGAGUUCACGAAGGCACAGUUCAAGUUGGGCAUUGGAAGAUGGGAAUAUUAGAGCAAUUACAAGAUGGUGACAGAAAAAAAAGUGGGAGAAAAAUUGCCUUUCUUUAUCUUGUAGUAUUUUCAGUUCAAUUUACGGUAGUUGUAGUUAUCUGUUUUCCUGUGUCAUAUAAGAGGAGGAAAAUAGGAUCUUAACAGAUGGAGCUUGAGUGUUUUUUCCCCCAUAAUUCUAUCGUAAAUAGAAGAUAUUCGAGGGGAAAAAAAUUGCAGUUUGCUGCUAUUGUUUCUCUUUUGGGGCUUGGAAUUGAACAUUGUUCUGGUUUCUUGUGAAAGACAGGGAAGAAGCUGUAUUGCUGAGCUAGGCUUUUUGAUAUUAGGAAGGUGCAUGCUCUGUGUAUAAUGCUUACAUUAAUCCAUCAUUCUUGUUUAAGUUGUGCAUUUA